GGGCAGGAGCCGAGGCCAGGGAGCCCUCUGCGUCAGCUGCUGCUCACUGCGCCGCGCCAGUACCAGCUGGGACUCACCCGCAGCUCCAUGCUUGUGCCCGGCUCGACUCGUCCAACCUCCAAGAAGCAGCCCAUGAGGCUCCCAGGCCCCACUGAGUGCAGCCCUGAAGGAUGUCCCAGCUCUCCUCCACCCUGAAGCGCUACACAGAAUCGGCCCGCUACACAGAUGCCCCUUAUGCCAAAUCAGGCUAUGGCACCUACACUCCCUCUUCCUACGGGGCCAACCUGGCUGCCUCCUUCCUGGAGAAGGAGAAGCUUGGUUUCAAGCCGGGCCCCCCAACCAGCUUCCUCACCUGUCCCCGUACCUAUGGCCCCUCCUCCAUCCUGGACUAUGACAGGGGCCGCUCCCUGCUGAGACCAGACAUCAUCGGGGGUGGUAAGCGGGCAGAGAGCCAGACUCGGGGCACUGAGCGGCCUUCAGGGAGUGGACUCAGCGGGGGCAGUGGAUUCCCUUAUGGAGUAACCAACAAUUCCCUCAGCUACCUGCCCAUGAGUGCUCGUGAUCAGGGGGUAACCCUGACCCAGAAGAGGUCGAACAGUCAAUUAGACCUGGCCAGGGAUUUCUCCAGCCUGCGGACCUCAGAUAACUACCGGAUAGACCCUGGGAACCUGGGCCGUAGCCCCAUGCUGGCCCGCACACGCAAGGAGCUGUGCGCCCUGCAGGGGCUCUACCAGGCAGCCAGCCGCUCCGAAUACCUGGCCAACUAUCUGGAGAACUAUGCUCGCAAGGGGAGCACACCACAGGUGCCCACCCAGACCCCUCCCUCACGAGUCCCUGAAGUCCUCAGCCCCACCUACCGACCCAGUGGCCGUUACACUCUGUGGGAGAAGAGUAAGGGCCAGGCACCUGGGCCCAGCCGCUCCAGCUCCCCAGGGCGAGAAACUAUGAAUUCCAAGAGCGCCCAGGGUCUGGCUGGUCUUCGAAACCUUGGGAACACGUGCUUUAUGAACUCCAUUCUGCAGUGCCUGAGCAAUACCCGAGAGCUGAGAGAUUAUUGCCUGCAGAGGCUUUAUAUGCGAGAUCUCAGCCACAGUAGCAAUGCACACACAGCCCUCAUGGAAGAGUUUGCAAAACUAAUUCAGACCAUGUGGACUUCAUCUCCCAAUGAUGUGGUGAGCCCAUCUGAGUUCAAGACCCAGAUCCAGAGAUAUGCACCGCGCUUCGUUGGCUAUAAUCAGCAGGAUGCUCAAGAGUUUCUUCGCUUUCUUCUGGAUGGGCUCCACAACGAAGUGAACCGAGUAACAGUGAGGCCUAAGUCCAGCCCUGAGAACCUUGAUCAUCUUCCUGAUGAUGAGAAAGGGCGACAGAUGUGGAGGAAAUAUCUAGAACGGGAAGACAGUCGGAUUGGAGAUCUCUUUGUGGGGCAACUGAAGAGCUCCCUGACAUGUACCGAUUGUGGUUACUGUUCUACAGUCUUUGAUCCCUUCUGGGACCUCUCGCUGCCCAUUGCUAAGCGAGGUUAUCCUGAGGUGACUUUAAUGGACUGCAUGAGGCUCUUCACCAAAGAGGAUGUGCUUGAUGGCGAUGAAAAGCCUACAUGCUGUCGCUGCCGAGCCAGAAAACGAUGUAUAAAGAAGUUCUCCAUCCAGAGGUUCCCAAAGAUCUUGGUGCUUCAUCUGAAGCGGUUCUCCGAAUCCAGGAUACGAACCAGCAAGCUCACAACAUUUGUGAAUUUCCCAUUAAGAGACUUGGACUUAAGAGAAUUUGCCUCAGAAAACACCAACCAUGCUGUUUACAACCUGUAUGCUGUGUCCAAUCACUCUGGAACCACUAUGGGCGGCCAUUAUACGGCCUACUGUCGGAGUCCAGUGACAGGCGAAUGGCACACUUUCAAUGACUCCAGUGUCACACCCAUGUCCUCCAGCCAAACUCGCACCAGCGACGCCUAUUUGCUCUUCUACGAAUUGGCCAGUCCACCCUCCCGCAUGUAGCAGUGAGGAGCUAUAUCCCUUUUUCCCUUCCCUGUGGUGGCCCCACACCCCAAGUUUUUUUUUUU